CAUUUGAGUACAUCACAUAUGCUGCCCACCUCCAACAAAGUAUUACUCACGCUGUGACAGCCCUGCUCUGUGUUGUGUUUAAAAGAGCUUGCUCAGCCUCAUGUACGUUCAGUGGGCUGACACAUGAGGGACGGCGACUGUGUAACAACACAGGAACAACCACAAGGCAUCUUAGUGGCUGUGGAACAUCUGAUUUACUUCAAAAUAAUCUGAUUACAUGCUGGGGCAGACUAACAUACACACCAGCAUUAACAUCAGAAUGUAUGUGCCCGGGGCCAUGCUGGCCCUCUGCCUGCCCUGCUUUUUGAGUGGGAAUGUGUUUGGUUAUGAAUAUGGAGAGGAUUACUCUGAUUCCUACUAUAAUGAAAUCUCCAAUGGUGAACGUCUGCAAAGAGCUACACAAAUUCCCUGUCCGCCUCAGGACCUCUCACGCUGGGACAAACUUUUCAUCAUGUUGGAGGACUCUCAAAUGAAGCACAACAUGCUUAUGCAGCAGAAUGAAGACAUGGUAAAGGCAGAGAUGGAAUCUGUACGGAAGGAGCUCCAUAAGCUUAACAACAACAAAGCAUGCGUCCAAGCCUCAGAAAACACCUGUAAAUGUAUAAGUGAACAGAUGAACCGAAAUCUGAACCAAGCCAUGGAGCAGCUCAGAGAAGCAGCAGAUACGUAUCAAGCCCAAAACAACGAAACACUGCAGCAGCUCAUUCAGUUCAGCAGGAACCAGGCCACCCGUCUCACCAAACUGGAUCGCAGCUCACUGCUGGGGGCCGGUCUGGGGCAAGUGGCCAUGAAGUCCUUCUCCACUUAUCCAAAAGAACAAGAAGCAAGCAAUGCAGAUGCAGGGAAGCUGGAGAGAGCACUUAUGGCUACUGUUGCGGAUCUCCAAAGGGUACAUGCCCAGCUGGCCUUUUUCCAACGGGCAACGGCACACCGCUUUCUGCCCUCAGGCUGUGAAAUGGCUUUAUUAUUCCCAAUGCGCUCCAAGCACAUCUUCGCAGAGGUAACACCCUCCAUGUCCAUGUUCCUAAACUCGUUCACCAUCUGUCUGUGGGCCAAAGUGACUCAGUCGCUAAAUAAAACAGUGCUUUUCUCUUACGGAACCAAGAAAAACCCUCAAGAGCUCCAGCUUCUUUUGGCAAGACGCUCGGUGCUCCUCACAGUGGGUGGUGAGACCCAUCUAGUGGAAGCUCACAGCGUAGUAGCAGAUGGACAGUGGGGACACUUCUGUGCAGCUUGGAGCUCAGAGGAGGGGCUGGCCGCUUUAUGGGUGAAUGGAGAGAAUGUUGCCAGAGUGCACGGAGUAGCCGAAGACUACGUAUUGCCCAGUAAUGGGUUCGUUCUGCUCGGGCAAGAGCGCAGCCGCUCGGGUAUCUACAAAGACCUGGACUCAUCGGUUGCGUUCACAGGAAAAAUGACAGGAGUGAACAUGUGGGAUCACGUGCUGGAAGCAGGGAGGAUUAAAGAGUAUGCCAAUCAAGACGGAUCAUGUGAUAAGAUUGGGAAUGUGAUUGGAUGGGGUGUGUCAGAGAUCAAUCCACAUGGUGGCUCUCAAUAUAUCAACUGAGACUGCACCUGUAUUAAGUAAUAUUACAUUGCAUAUCAUCAAUGAUUUUGUAUUUACCUUCUUUUCAUUCCAAAUGCAAAGCACUGCUUAAAGGAGUAGUUCUGCCAAAACAUCAAACUUGCCGUUUACUCAUGCUCAGGCCGUCCAAGAUUCUUCAGUACAAAAGAAAAUUUUCAGUCGAACCUAUGAUCCCUGGUGGUUCAUUAAAUGCAGAUCAAGAGAAAAAAAAAGAAAAAGACAAAAUGAAUGCCAUGGCUGCUAAUGAUAUAUUGAGGUUUUCAGAAUUCAUUAUUUUUUUCUGUAACCAUUUUUUUUACUGACAGUACCCAUUAACCUAUAUUUGAUGAGUAUAACACAUAGAAACAUGGUUACAAACAACUAAAAAUCUUCAGUACUGUCAAAAGCAUCUUGAAUGGCUUGACAAUGUUUAAUUUUUGAGCAAACUAUUUCUUUAAAGAGAUAAUCUUCAUAAAAAUAAUAUUUCUAUCAUCAUACACACCCUUAUGUCAUAGGCCUAUAUUUUGGAUCGUUUGCCCAUGUAAUGAAAUCCAAUGGGGUACAAUGGAAUUUUAUUGUAGAGUUAAAAACAUCUGAAACAUUCUCCAAAAUAUCCAACAUACACAAGAAAUAAAAUCAAGCAUGUUUAGAAUUAAAUAAUGAAGGAUGAAUGAUGAUGCAAAUUUCAUUUCUGGAUGAUGAUCUCUUUAACAUUAAAACACUGUACACCAAGCCAAUUAAAAUAGUUUAAUAUUGUGUAUUUUUUAACCUCUUAAGACCCAUGAAAAGAGUUUUAUAAUUUUUUGUUUUAAUUUAAUUGUUUAGAGUAGUAAAAAUAAUCUGCAAAAAAAACAAGGAUUUUUAAUCCAUAGUUUAUGUCCUUGUUUGAGGACAUCGGGACCCAAUUUCUUUAAAAUAAUGAAAAUACAUGAAUGGGAUUAAAUUCACCAAUACACUUUUAGUUUUUAAGUUAUUUUUUGUUUACCAAACUUUGUAUAAAGAAGACUCUCAACUUUGAUAUAACAUAAGUAUUCGAUAUACCAUUUUUCUUUGGCAAAAUUUGCGUAAAAUGGUCAUAGACAGGUUUUCUCACUACAUACAAUGUAUCUAUAAACUACAUUGAAUUUGCAUCUUAAUGUGUUUUGGGGGCAACAUAUCAUGAAAAAAGAAGUGUAAUAAUGGGAGUCAUAAUUGACAAGAAUUUCAUAAAAAUGUGUAAUAUUUAUUAGAACAAGGAGACCAUGGUGAAACAUCCAAUCAUUUGGUAUCUCUAAAAAGCCCUGAAUGUGCUCUGUACAGGACAUCCAGACUCAAAACUGUGACAUGUACAGUCUCAGAGAAAUUCAACAAAAUAUAAAUGUCCUCAUCUGAGGCCGCAGGGUCUUAAGAGGUUAAUUAUUAUUAUUUUACUUUUUAGCGGAGAAUUCCAUUACCAUGUAAAUAAAUUAGGUACACGAGUAAAGAGCUAAUAAAUUCGAGUGGUGUGGUUCA